GGAGAGACUGAUGUCCUUGGUGCAGCGUUGUAGUUGUGGCCGAGGGAGCAGCUGUCCCAGUCGUGCCAGACAGACUGAACCCCAGAUGGACCUCAUCCACAGCAGUGGGGUGCUGGUGAUCCAGCACCUCCAGAGCAACUACAAGGACUACCAUGACAUCCUUGACUUCAUGUCCUCUGUGGGCGACCCUCGUAACAUCUUUUCUCUCUAUUUCCCUCUGUGGUUUCAGCUUAGCCAAAUUGUUGGCACCAAGAUGAUAUGGGUGGCAGUUAUCGGAGACUGGUUCAACCUAAUUUUCAAAUGGUAAGACACCAUCUGCUCACUGUGUUAAAAAAAUAAUAUUUACACUUGUGCUGCCAUAACUAGUAAAGGCAGGGAGAGAUAGUGAGUGAAAAUUAUGUAACAUUAUGCUUUUUGCUGUUUAGGGGAUCGGUACGACAUUGCAUACAUAUUUUGACAGAUAUAGUUUGUUUGGCAUAGUAUUCGGAAUUUGAAUGUCAUUGAAACACAUCUUGUUAUAUAAAUGUUAUUAUAAACUGGUUGGUUCGAGCCCUGAAUGCUGAUUGGCUGACAGCCGUGGUAUAUCAGACCAUAUACCACGGGUAUGACAAAACAUUUAUUUUUACUGCUCUAAUUACAUUGGUAACCAGUUUAUAAUAGCAAUAAGGCACCCCGGGAGUGUGUGGUAUAUGGCCAAUAUACCACAGCUAAGGGCUGUAUCCAGGCACUCCGCGUUGCGUUGUGUGUAAGAACAGCCCUUAGCCGUGGUAUAUUGGCCAUAUACCACACCCCCUCAUGCAUUAUUGCUGAAGUCUGACUCUCUCUUGUUUUUAGGAUUCUGUUUGGUCAACGGCCAUACUGGUGGGUGCACGAAACUCUCUUUUACCAGAAUAAUUCACUCCCCCAGCUUGAGCAGUUCCACAUUACCUGUGAAACAGGACCAGGUCAGUGUCAUUUCCUGUCUGACAAUCAUUAUGAUCAUAAAUUCUGGAGAUUGAAGGAUUAUUCCAUGUAAUGGAUUGCAAAAUGGCAAAACUGUCUGAUGUAUUGUUGUGUGAACUGAAAUAUAUCUUUGUGAAGAUCUGAUUGUGCAUCAUGCUUGUAUGAUAGAUAAACACUGUUAAUUUGUAUAGGCAGUCCAUCCGGUCAUGCCAUGGGCUCUUCGUGUGUCUGGUAUGUAAUGAUCACAUCAGCACUCAACUUUACCAGACGCCUUUGUGACAGCUCAACUCAGGGGUGCCAGAGGUAGGCACAUCCAUGAGCAUGCUAUUACUAUAUUGCUUUGUGAAAGAACGUUUGUGCCUGUAUAACGUGUGCCUCUAUUAGGGCCUAAAUUAUCCUCAAUCUUCUCAGGUUUGGGCUUGUGUGGUCCUUUUUGUGGACAGCAUUUUGGAUCAUUCAGAUUAGUGUUGGCAUCUCUAGGAUCUUCAUCGCCACACACUUCCCUCACCAGGUUAUCCUUGGUGUUCUAGCUGGUAAGACUUCUAUUAUGACCAAUUAAUGUUUACAUGGUGUGUGUUAUCACUUGGUAGACAUUUUCACUACAGUAUAUACAUUUUUUAAUUCUCAACAGGUAUACUAGUUGCUGAAGCAUUUGAGCAUGUUCCCUCGAUCCACACAGCCAGUUUAAAAGUCUACCUUCAAACUAGCUUCUUUCUGUUCUCCUUUGCCGUCAGCCUUUACUUCCUCCUUAAAAUGAUAGACAUUGACCUAUUGUGGUCGAUACCUAAAGCAAAGAAGUGGUGUGCCAAUCCAGACUGGAUCCACCUGGACACUACACCUUUUGCUGGUUUAGUGAGGAACCUGGGAGCAUUGUUUGGACUUGGCCUGGCCAUUAAUUCUCAGAUGUUCAUCCAUAGCUGCAAGGGGAAGAACGGAUACAAGACUAGGUUUAAACUCAUGUGUGUAGCAGCCAAUCUGACCUCUCUGCAGCUGUACGAUUUCAUCAAAAUUCCCACUCACACAGAGAUCCUGUUCUACACACUCUCAUUCUGUAAGAGUGCUGCAGUCCCCCUCAGUGUGGUGGCACUCAUCCCCUACUGUGUUCACUUGUUGAUAGGAGACAAGGAGAGGAAAUUAGAC